AAUAAAACAAAAACUUGGACCAACCCGUGGAUUUGGCCUACUUUUCUUUAUCAUGUUUUUAGUUUUUUGUUGCUACAGUUCCAUGCCCAUCACUUUGUGCAUAGCGUUGCAUCAGUAUCUGGCCUACCAUUUUUAUUUUUGAAGUUUUUGCUUAGUCUAGUACAUGCCCAUCACUUUGUGCUUAGUCUAGGACUUGGUUCCAAAGCUCCUUCGCGUUGACAGCAACCACCUCAUCAAGCUCACGACCUCCAGCCACAAGCAGCAGUUGCUGCUUUCCACCACCACCACCACCAAAUGAGACACUCUUCUUCUUCUUCCUUCUCAUCCCUCCUCUCCAUCUCCCAGCCUCGAAAGCCCAGCACUUAUAGUCCCACCCAGCUCCACACAGGUUGCCCCUUUGGGGCAUUUCGUCGAACACUUUGCGAGGGUCAAGUUUGGCUAAUCUAAUGGAGGAUUUCAGAGGUUGCAGGGGUCAAUUGACGACCCUUGCUCCUCUGUGGAUCCGCCCGUCCUGGCUACCUUGAUCCUGAGUAAGUAUUUCGCACUUUUAGUUUCCCAUGAUCAUCUUUGGUUAUACUUAAAUUAACAAGUCAGUGACAGUGAAGCAAACACAAAUGAAAUAAAACAGGGACAAAAAUUAGGAAAUAACAAGGAAAGUACCAAAAACACUUCAUACGACUUUUUAUUGCUCAGUGGUGGAAUAUAUUGCUCAUACGACUUUUUAGAAGUUGCACCAGUGACUAGCUAGCCUGCAAAGAAAGUACCAAAAACACCUCAUGACAUUAACUCUUGGCCAAAUAUGUUGCUGUCUACUAUUAAAUUUUUUCAUUUAGAUCUCACAUCAUCUGCCCCAAAGUAGAAUUAAAUAAUGUUAUACUUCACAGUUCACUUUCUAGAAUUACACGGUCAAAAUAUUGUACUCUAUAGAUUUGCUAAUAUUGUACAUAAAAUGAUAACUCUGCAUCUGGUUUCCCAAAGUAGAAUAAUAUUAUCGCAGAGAGAAUGAAGCCAUUCCUCUUUCCUCUGCUUGGUGGCUUUUCUUUUAUGCUCCUCCUAGUUCAUGCCCAGGAUGAUCAAACAGGCUUUAUUAGCAUAGACUGUGGCCUUGCAGAAAAUACCAGCUAUACAGAAAAGAUGACAGGAAUUAACUACAUUUCAGACGAAACCUUCAUAAGCACUGGUGAAAAUAACGUCGUAUUGCAAGAGUACAGAAAUAAGUAUCAAGAGCCCUACAUGUCUCUUAGGAGUUUCCCUGGAGGGAUCAGGAACUGCUACAAAAUCAAUGUCACAAAUGGCACCAAAUAUUUGAUCAGAUCAAGUUUCAAAUAUGGGAACUAUGAUAGGCAGAAUAUAUUGCCAGAAUUCGACUUGCAACUUGGAGCUAAUGUUUGGGAUUCGGUGAAGUUGGAGGAUGCAUCAACCAUUACAAACAAGGAGCUCAUACAUGUCCCUCUAAGAGACUAUAUACAUGUUUGUCUAGUGAACACCGGCUUGGGGAUUCCAUUUAUAUCGGCACUAGAACUGAGGCCUUUACCUAAUACAUCUUAUCAAACACAAACCGGGUCGUUGGCACUUCAAUGGCGGCUUGACACCGGUCACAUAGCAGCUAAUUUGACAGAAUACAGGUAUCCAGAUGAUGUUCAUGAUCGCUUCUGGUAUGGCUACUAUGACGACAAUUGGAAACGAGUAAUUACCUCGUCCACGAUUGACUCUGAUGUUCACGAUAGUUUCCAGCCCCCAUCUGUUGUCAUGAGCACAGCUGCCACACCAAAGAAUGGAACUGAUGCCUUGUACAUUUCCUGGAUGGAUUUUGAUAACAGUGCAGAAUAUUUUGUUUACAUGCACUUUGCAGAAUUUGAAAAGCUCCAACCCAACCAGUCUAGGCAGUUCAACAUUACUAUGAAUGGAGAGUCCCUUCAUGAGAAAGUUGUUCCUUAUUACUUGUCCUCCUCCACUAUUUACAGCACUAGAGCUUUGAGUACUGGAGGACAAUAUAAUCUUUCAAUCUUUAAGGCUAAGAACUCUACCCUUCCACCAAUCCUUAAUGCCAUCGAGGUGUACACCGUAAAAGAAUUCUUAGAAUCAAGAACAAACCAAGCAGAUGUUGAUGCAAUCACUAGCAUCAAGUCAACUUACAAAAUUGAGAAGAACUGGCAAGGAGAUCCAUGCUCCCCUCUAGUUAACUCAUGGGAAGGUAUAGACUGUAGCAAUGAGCACAGUAGAAUAGUAUCCUUGAACUUGUCCUCCAGCGGAUUAACAGGGGAGAUAGCUCCUUAUAUAUCCAAUCUCACCAUGAUACACAUUUUAGAUUUAUCAAACAACAAUUUAACUGGAUCAAUCCCAGACUUUUUGUCUCGACUGCGAAAGUUAACAGUCCUCAACUUGGCGAAAAACAAACUCACAGGUUUAGUUCCCGUAGGACUCAUUCAGAAGAGGAAGGAUGGUUUGCUAUCCCUACGUUUGUGUGAAAAUCCAAACCUAUCUGGACAAGUUUCGUGCAAAAAGAAGAAGCAGAGUAUCACUAUUGUCUUGGCAGUGUCAAUCCCUGGAAUUUUCAUCCUCUUAUCAACUGUAUCAGCUGUUUUAUGGGUGGGCUUUAAAAGGAAAAAACAACAUGCCCAUUGUGAUGAUCCUUUUGGUGUAGAGGUGAUGCAGAAUUCCAACCAAAACAGUUUAUUGGAGUCAGAGGGCCAACGCUUUACAUACCCAGAGAUUGUGGAGAUUACCAGUAAUUUUGCAUCAAUAAUUGGAAGAGGCGGAUUUGGAGAAGUCUACUUUGGCACUCUGCAAAAUCAGACUCAAGUUGCUGUCAAGUUACUGAUUUCAUCGUCAACACAAGGCUCAAAAGAAUUUGAAAAUGAGGUUAAACUGUUGAUGAGAGCUCAUCAUAGAAACUUGGUUUCUCUGGUUGGGUGCUGUGAUGAAGGGGAGACUAUGGCACUUGUUUAUAAUUUCGUUGCUAAUGGAAAUUUGCAACAGCGUUUAUCAGCUGAUUUAACUUUACACGUUUUGACUUGGAAGGAGAGACUUCAAAUUGCAGUUGAUGCAGCACGAGGACUGGAUUAUCUACACAAUGGCUGCAAGCCAUCAAUAGUACAUAGAGAUCUAAAGACUUCAAAUAUCUUGCUAAAUGAAAAUCUUCACGCCAUGAUAGCCGAUUUUGGUCUUUCUAAAGUUCUUGCAACUGAAAGUGCCACUCAUGUAUCAACUGACCCUAAAGGAACAUUUGGGUACCUUGAUCCUCAAUAUUACAACACAGGAAAGCUGAACAAAAAGAGUGAUAUAUACAGCUUUGGGAUUGUGUUGCUAGAGCUAAUAACUGGUAGAGCAGCAAUAAUAAGAGAUGUAGAAACUGAACCUAUUCACAUAUGUCGAUGGGUGAGUCCAAAUUUUGAGACUAUGGAAAUUGAAAGUAUCGUGGAUUCAAGAAUACAAGGGACCUACAACACCUCUUCUGCUUGGAAAGCUCUACAAAUUGCCAUGGCAUGUGUGUCUUUAAAAGCAAUCCGAAGGCCUGAUAUAAUUUUUAUUUAUAAGGACUUGAUGGAAUGUUUGGAAAUUGAGAUGUCCUCUGGAAGAACACAAAUUGUAGGGAACGAUGAUACAAGUUCAAGCAGCUCAAUUAGAAUGGCCUCCCAAAUUGAGUCAGAAACGAGUUCAAGCAGCCCAGUUAUCAUCUCUAUAUAGACUGCUAUCAUGUAAGGAAAAUUACCAAACUAAAUAUAAGUAUGAUGUUCGCCAAUGAGGUCUAGCCCAGUGGAAAGGGUCUUGACUUGCAGACUAAUGGUCUCAAGUUUGAACUUCACGACAUCUUAGUAGUAUUUCAAAAAAACACCCUCCUCUUCCUAACUUUAGCGAAAUAUAUAUGAGUAUUAUGUUUAUCAUGACCAAUGACCGCGAGAUCAUCAUCAGCCACCAAAGCUGUUCUAGACUGCGAGUAUUGGUUUAAGGUCUUAGCCUCACACUUGCACAUUGUUAUUUUCACAUGAAUUUGGCCUCUUGUUUUAGUUCUGUUCUAUUAUUGGUGUAAGGUCACUCCAAGUUUGUAAUUUCAAC